UUGAUCUGCAAACGCGAGAAAGUUGAAGUGAAAGAGCCUCUAAAAACGUGGCCAAUCAAUGCGUACGAACGGCCGGAAUACAACCCCAGGACUAACGAAGUGGAACCAUUGGAUUGCCUAAUGAAAAAUAGUGAAACAAAUCUGAAAAAGCCCAAGUUGACGGUUCCCCGAAAAACCAAGGCAAAGCCAAAGAAAAAGUAUCAGACGAAAAAACGGAUACCAACCACAAAAAAACCCAUUGAAAUGGUUCCAGCCAAAGAACUGACGCCAGUGGUAGAGGAAACCUUGGAGAUGGUUCGGGAGUUAAGUGCUGGAUCAUUCGGCAAGAAAUUUGGGUUGGACCUGCUCAACAACCAAACCAUGUUAUUGGCCAUAAUUAAAGGAAUGGAGAAUGAAGAGAACCAAAGGAGUGAUUCCUCAGGACCCAGCGAUUCUUCUAGUAAUAAGAGAAAAUAAAACGCAUUUAUUUAAA